AAUAUUGAAACUUGAUUUAAACAAAAAACACUGAAAUGUUUCAAAUGUGCUGGACUGAUUGUUCGUGUUGGCGUCUAAUUGGCAUCAAACUCUAUUUAAUUUUGAUUGUCAUCAACUUCUUGGCUGUGGAUGGACUCAAGUUGCUUCAAGUGUCUAUUCCGCCAUUGAAAUUGACGGGACAAACAGCUCGACUUGCUUGUCAAUACGACCUCGAAGGAGACACGCUUUACUCUAUUAAAUGGUAUAAAGGUGGGCGUGAGUUUUUCCGUUACGUUCAACGUGACCAGCCACCGAUGCAAGUGUUUCCAGUUGAAGGCGUCAAAGUGGACAAAAGCCAAUCGGACCAGUUCCAAGUCACCCUGGUUCAUUUAACUAUUUCAUCGACAGGUCGUUACAAAUGCGAAGUAUCAGUUGAUGCCCCAUCAUUCCAGACGUCCUUCAACACUGUCGAAAUGAAUGUUGUCGCUUUACCAGAAUUCGGACCUCGGAUCAACACCAAGGGUUUUUUCUCGUUCGAUUCCAACGUGACACUCGGCAAUUCUGCUUACAGAAUAUUAAAAAGUGAUGAUAACUAUCAUCGAUCGUAUCAUUUGUAUUAUUCACGGCAAUCCAACGCUCGUGAUAAUGACGAAAUUCAAAUCAAUUGCACGUCGAGUCGUUCAAAACCAGCAGCCGAACUUCAUUGGUACGUCAAUGGUUUCAAGGUGAAGGGGGAGCACAUGAUUGAAUAUGCCCCAUUUAUUGACGACAAGGCAAGUAAUUCUAGCACGUUAUUGGAAACGUCUAUACUGGGACUCAGAUGGAAAUGGAUGAUAGCGGCGUCUAAUGAUAAUCACCAAGAAAUGGAUGCUGUAAUUACUUUCAAUUGUACGGCAGCCGUUGGCUCUGUUUACUGGAGCUCGACAGCGUUAACGCUCAGUCCCGAGACGGGGGUCGGUGCCAAAUCACGACCAAUGUUGAUGUAUCACGGGAGCCAUCUAUCCUCAAAUGCAAUUUCUGUUACUUCAAUCACAUGGCCAGUAGCUUUUCUUUAUGGUAUCUUUCUUGUCUUUUCAUCUUUCUGCAGGCACUAUGGCUAGAUUAUAAAAUUAAUUCCAUCA